UACUCCGGUUAAAUGAUUAGUCUCCGUUAAGUUACCGUAAACAAGGUAUUUAACGGUAGGUUUACUUACCGGCAGAAUUCUGCCGGUAAUCAUUCCGUUAAACCACAAUCUUCCGGUUAUGCUGUGUUAUCAAUACAAUAUUGAUAAUAAUAUUAAACUUUAUCGAUAUAUUUUAUAAUAUUAUAAUUAUUUACGUUAUAAUAUAACGUUUCGUGCGUCCUUGACAACUUACUGGCGUUAUACUGUUUUUGUGUUUGAUUAUUAUUUUUGCAACAAUGUCUCGAGCUGUGCAUAAUGCUAAUUUAAUUGACGAAGAUAGCGAUUCGUCAGAAUUUGAAAAUGAAAUAAAUGCGUUUAAUGUGUGUCUUCGGAAAGAGAAAACUUUUCAUCCACGUGUCAACUAUUUCGAAGUGUACGAUGAAGAAGAGUUUGUUAAACGAUUUCGUUUAACGAAAUCAACAGUAAAAAAAGUUUUAAACGAAAUUGUCGAUCAGCUCAAAACCACUACUAACAGAAAUAAUGCCAUUUCUCCAAUCACACAGUUGCUGCUUACACUGAGGUUUUUUGCUACUGGAAAUUUUUUAAUUACAGCUGGUGACUUCAGUGGUGUUAGCAUAGCGGCGGCUGGACAGAUUGUAAAACGAGUGAGCUACGCACUGGCUUCGAUAAGUUAUAAGUAUAUCAGAUUACCUGAAACUUCCGAGGAGAAAAUAAAGCUGAAGGUACAAUUUUAUAGAUUUGCUCGGUUUCCAAAAGUUAUAGGAGCUAUAGAUUGUACACAUAUUAAGGUACAAUCUCCAUCAACAGAAUAUGGUGAACUAUACAGGAACAGAAAAGGAUUUUUUUCCCUUAAUGUCCAAGCAUUGGUCAAUGUCAAUAUGGAAUUCAUGGAUAUAGUAGCUCGUUGGCCAGGCUCUGCACAUGACAGCAAUAUAUUUUCGAAUAGUAGGCUUAAGGCAAGGAUGGAGCUCCCUGAAUCUUCAGACUGCAUAAUUCUGGGAGACUCAGGCUAUGCACUAUCUCACUACUUAAUGACGCCUUUAGCAAAUCCAAUAACAAAAGCAGAAAAAUUGUAUAAUGAGUCUCAAAUUAGAUCUCGAAAUGUAGUGGAACGGACAUUUGGAGUAUGGAAACGGAGAUUUCCAGUUUUAUUUUUUGGACUUCGUUUGAAAAUUGAAACAACUAUGGCAGUUAUUCAAUCUUGUGCCAUACUACACAAUAUAGCACGUAUAGAAAACGAUCCCCAACCAACUGAUGAGAUUGAAAACAUAGUACAACUUUUAAGUAAUGAAAUAGUCGAAAUAGAAGCAGCCAUCCAGCAACAAAAUAAUAGUGUAGCACACGCGGUAAGAACUGCUCUUAUCAAUGAACAUUUUGCUGUUUUGUGAUACAUAUAUUAUAAUGGUACAUAUUUAAUUAUGUAAAUAAUGUAAAUAAAAAACACUGUGCUAAUUAAAUUCUUUGAUUAAUGUUGU